GAGAUGAUUAUUUAUCUUCACGAACAGUUUCUGUUUAAUACGUUUAACUUUUUACACUUUUACAGAAAUCCCGAUUUUACACACAGAUUAUUUGUGUUUGUGUUUAAUUGUGAUGUCGAAUGUUAAUGUUUUAGAAGCUCGGAGUUUAAUCACAUUCACACUCAAAUAUUUUACUGUAAUAUAAUAAUCUUAUUUAUAAUAAAGUGUUUUAAAUCUUCCCUUCAAUACAAACCUUUAGGAAUAAAAUCUGCAAAUUUAUUAUAAAAUAAGUGACAGAUAAAGAGGUCAGAAAAGAUUAUUCUGUGUGUGUGUGUGUGUGUGUGUGUGUGUGUGUGUGUGUGUGUGUGUGUGAGAGAGAGACACGAUAGCGACUGCAGUGUGAACGAUGAAUCGGCCUCUGUUUGGUGGCGCCAUGUCUGCUGUCCUUCCUCUAAACACCAAAGACAUCAGUGAGUUGAGGGAGAUUCCUGAUAAUCAGGAGGUUUUUGCUCACACCAACACCGAUCAGAGCAUCAUCAUAGAACUGCUUGAGUAUCAGAGUCAUGUGGAUGAUUCAGAAGCCGCACGGUAUCAUUUUGAGGAUGUAGCAGGCAGUAAUAAGGUGAUGGAGGCAGGACAGAUGGCAGUGAUAGAGGUGCAGUGUGUCCCUCAGGCUCAGCUCUCUCUCAGCCAGUGCAGCUCAGCCUGGAUCCUCACUGGAGCUCAGCUUAUCUCCAAAUUCAAUGAAGAGGCAAAAAACACAGUGAAUAUCCACCUGUGUUUGUUCCGUGUCCCGCAGUACACCACUGACAUCCUGAUCACCUUCAAUGACCCGGUCAACAUCAGUCCUUUCAGCAGUAGCAGUAGUGAAGCUGCUGAAUGUGUUUGGACAGUACAGGACUUUCACACACUUGUUCAGUCUUUCCGUCUGCUUGACCCUGGAGUGUUUGGAUAACACACACUCAUCUGUGAAAUAAAUAGAAAUAAUAAAGUAAAAAUAAAUGUUUAACAAAUUCUUGUUUGUAAUGCGA